AUGGCCGCCUCCGACGCCGGCAUCUGGAAACUCCGCUGGGAGACGGCCGUUGCUGAGGGCGCGGGAUACCUGCUGGCUGCCAUCGUCUGCCUGGCCAGCGAGCUGCUGAUCUGGGGCCUGAGCAGGACGCUGGCCACCGCGAGACUCGAGUUCUUCUCGACCAUUGUCGGCAUGGCGCUGGUUUUUGCCCUGAGCACCGCCUGCUGGGUGGUGUGGAAGAGGAGGAUGGACGACUUCUACCGGAGGUGGCUCAAAGCAAGGGUCGACUUCAUCAAUGCUCACCUCGGGGCGGGCUUCGCCAUCCCCAUGAUCAUGCUAGACCAGGAUGAGAUGCUCAACGGCGGGGAGAUUGGGCGGGUAAUUGGCUCAUUCAUUGCGACCAAUAUUGUCUCUUGGGUGGCAGUAUUCCUCCUCUCCGUGGCGACUAUAGGUGGAGUCACGAAACUAACCUCGCAGUCGCCCCCAAAGCAAGGCUCCGUCAGCUCGGAGAAGGGCAUUGCGCCCUCGUCGUCUGAUGAUGGCUCUAGUUCGGCCGAAUUUGAGGACGAUGCUCAAGCACAACAAGCGACAGGCAGUCAGGAUGGCCUCUUGCUUGCGACUUCCAGGAUUUUGGACACUGAAAAGCAACUCGAAAGCACCGCCCCAGUCCAGGGACUUUCAAAUACCAGCGAACAGGCUGAAACUUCUUGCACCUACGUCGACGAGUCUUCAACAUGGAGCUUCUUCUCGCGACACUUUCCGAUUCUGCUAUCGCUAGCGCUCAUAUUCACCGUCGGUAUACCCCUUACCAUCACCAUGCACGAGGAGCGUCUUUUCGAUGGCUUCACCCUGUGGUUCAUGUGGAUAUCCUCGGUCCGAGCCCAGAGGGCCUUCAAGCACUCUCAGAUAUGCACCUUUUCAGCCCCCCUGAAGCGAGGUCUAGCAACGUUGAUGAAUCCGGUCCUACUAACCACGCUGCUCAUGACGGGAUACACACGAGCCAAGGCUUCUGUUCUAGGGCCUGGUGGACUCGCCAGGACGCUGCAAAGGUUCAGCGGAGGCACACCUCUCUACGCACUCUGGACGGCUGCCGUCAGCGGCAAUCAAGUACCCUCGAACCCCACCAGUUGGUUUGGCGCUGGUGAUGCUGCCCUCUCCAUACUCGAAUGCGGCAUCCUCGUAUGGGGGUUCAAGCUAUCAGAAUGCCGCCGCCAAAUCUUCAGCCUGACCGGCCUGUUCGCCAUCCUUCUCUGCACCGCAGCCGCCGCGGCAAAUGUCUUUCUUUCAGUGCUCGCCAGCCGCGCCAUGGGCUUGCACAUUACCGAGGCGCUCAGCUUCGCCGCCCGCAGCACAACUCUUGCCCUAGCGAAGCCCGCCACGGAGGCCAUUGGGGGAAACAGCCCCGUGAACGCGAUGCUCGUGGUGAGUAACGGCAUACUGGGACAGCUUGUGUACCCCUUUAUCCUGGACAAACUGGGUGUGAGCAAGGGCGACAACGAGGACGACAGGGACGAUGAGACAGGCAUUGCAGAAAGUCAGCAGACGGUAACAACAAACGCAUCUAUGUUCAUCGAAGCACCUUCAAGUAGCAACAGCCACUCCAGCUCCACCUCCACCACUGACAGCCCCGUCACCGUCGCCGCGGGCAUCGCCAUCGGCAUCAACGGCGCCGCGAUGGGCGUCUCAUACCUCUACGAAACGCGAAGCCGGGCAGCGCCCUACGCAGCGCUCUCCAUGGUGGUCUUUGGAGUCAUGACGGUGGUGUUUACGACAGUGGAGCCGUUCAAGGGGACGCUCAUCAGCCUAGCAAGUCGAUGA